CCCGCUGACUGCGGCCGGCCCGGGGAGUGAGCAGCUGGCGGGGACCGGCGGCGCCGACCCGACCCGACCCUCCCCUCCCCUCCCCGGCGGGCAGCAUGUGGCUGAGCCCCGAGGAGGUGCUGCUGGCCAACGCGCUGUGGGUGACCGAGCGGGCCAACCCCUUCUUCGUGCUGCAGCGGCGGAAGGGCCACGGCCGCGGCGGCGGACUCACGGGACUUCUGGUGGGGACGCUGGACGUUGUGUUGGACUCGAGUGCACGUGUUGCCCCGUACAGGAUCCUGCAUCAGACCCAGGACUCUCAGGUGUACUGGAACAUUGCGUGUGGCAGCUCCAGGAAGGAAAUCACAAAGCACUGGGAGUGGCUGGAGGCGAAUCUCCUGCAGACGCUGUCCGUCUUCGAGAACGAAGAGGAUGUGACGACGUUUGUCAAGGGCAAAAUCCAGGGAAUCCUUGCAGAGGAAAACAAGAACCAGGAAGCAAAAGAGGAGGAGGAUUCCGGAAAGUUCAAGGAAGCGGAAUUGAAGAUGCGGAAGCUGUUUGGAAUGCCGGAAGAGGAAAAGUUGGUGAAUUAUUACUCGUGUAGCUACUGGAAGGGCAGGGUCCCUUGGCAAGGAUGGGUUUACCUCAGCGUCAAUCACCUGUGUUUCUACUCCUUCCUACUGGGAAAGGAAGUGAAGCUGGUGAUCGGAUGGGUUGACGUGACCCAGCUGGAGAAGAAUGCCACACUGCUCUUCCCCGAGUGCAUCAAGGUCAGCACCAGAGACCAGGAGCACUACCUCUCCAUGUUCCUCAACAUUGGCGAGACCUUCAAGCUGAUGGAGCAACUGGCCAACAUCGCCAUGCGGCAGCUGCUGGACAACGAGGGCUUCUCUGAGGACAAGUGUCUGCCCAAGCCCAAGAGCACGCUCAAGCACGUCUCUGCACUCAAGCGGGACCUGGAUGCUCGAGCCAAAAACGAGCGUUACCGGUCCACGUUCCAGCUCCCGAGGGACGAGAGGUUGGAACGGCCACACGGAGUGCACCCUCUGGACCCCUUCAAUAAGAUGCACAUCAUGGGUCAGAUGUUCGUCUCCAAUAACUACAUCUGCUUUGCCAGCAAAGAGGAAGAUGCCUGCAACCUGAUCAUCCCCCUGCGGGAGGUGAGCAUUGUUGAGAAGGCAGACAGCUCCAGCGUUCUCCCCAGCCCUCUGUCCAUCAGCACCAAGAACAAGAUGACCUUCCUCUUCGCCAACCUGAAGGACCGGGAUUUCCUGGUGCAGAGAAUUUCGGACUUCCUGCAGCGAACUCCAUCCAGGAAGCGAGCCCAGAGCCCCAACAGCCCAGGGGGUCAGGUUUCCCCAGGACUAGGAGGGGCUUCCUCCCCGUGUUCUCUGACGCUGAGUCCCGGGGCUGCGUCGGACAGCAAGCAGUUUAUCUUCAGCGACGAGACCACGCCCACUGCCACCCAGCCGCUGAUGUGCAUCUUCCGCAGGGAGUCCCCGGAGGAGCUCAGCCCCAAGAUGGCCAAAGAGAAGAUGAAGGAGGAAUCCUGGAACAUCCACUUCUUUGAAUUUGGUCGAGGGGUGUGCAUGUAUCGUACGGCCAAGACACGGGACCUCGUGCUAAAGGGUCUGCCUGAAUCCCUGAGGGGAGAACUCUGGCUCUUGUUCUCAGGGGCUCUGAACGAGAUGCUGAUGCACCCUGGCUAUUACUCCGGUCUGGUGAAGGAGUCCAUGGGCAAGGACAGCCUGGCCACCGAGGAGAUUGAGAGAGACCUGCACCGCUCGAUGCCGGAACACCCGGCCUUCCAGAACGAGUUGGGCAUUGCGGCUCUGCGCAGGGUCCUGACUGCCUACGCUUUUCGCAACCCCAACAUUGGGUACUGCCAGGCCAUGAACAUUGUCACCUCUGUUCUCUUGCUGUACUGCAACGAAGAGGAAGCUUUCUGGCUCCUGAUCGCUCUGUGCGAGCGGAUGCUACCGGAUUACUACAACACCAGGGUGGUCGGUGCUCUGGUGGACCAGGGAGUAUUUGAAGACCUCACGCGGGAUCACUUGCCCCUGCUGUACGAGUGGAUGCAGGAGCUGGGUGUUAUCAGCACCAUCUCCCUGUCUUGGUUCCUCACCCUCUUCCUCAGCGUCAUGCCCUUUGAGAGCGCUGUGGUUGUGGUCGACUGCUUCUUCUACGAAGGGAUCAAGGUCAUCUUCCAGGUGUCCCUUGCUGUGCUGGAGGCCAACAUGGAGAAGCUGUUGAACUGCUCGGACGAAGGAGAGGCCAUGACCAUUCUUGGCAGAUACCUGGACAAUGUCUGCAACACGCAGACUGCUUCACCACCGAUCCCACAUCUGCAUGCGAUACUCACCAGUGGCGAUGACCCCCUGCCACAGGUUGACAUCUUUGAACUAAUUAAGGCAUCGUAUGAGAAAUUCGGCUCGAUCCAAGCAGGAGCCAUCGAGCAGAUGCGAUUCAAGCAGAGGCUGAAGGUGAUACAAACCUUGGAGGACUCGGCCAAGCGGAGUGUGGUGCGUGCAAUUCUGACGGACACUGCCUUCAGCAUCGAAGAACUGGAGGAACUCUACGUGCUUUUCAAGGCCAAGCACAUGACCAGCUGUUACUGGGGCAGCAGUAGCACUGCGGCAGAGAGACACGAUCUGAACCAGCCCUACCUCGAGCAGUACCGCAUCGACUGUGACCAGUUCACGGACCUCUUCCUGGCCGUCUCGCCCUGGGCCUGUGGCGUGCACUCCCAGGUCCUUGCAGGUCGCAUGUUCCGUCUCCUGGACCAAAACAAGGACUCGCUCAUCAGCUUCAAGGAGUUUGUCACUGGCCUGAGUGGGAUGUACCAUGGAGACCUCGUGGAGAAGCUGAAAGUGAUGUACAGACUUCACUUGCCGCCAGCUAUUUGGCCAGAGGAGGAAUCGGCGCUGGAGGCGACUCGUUACUUCACUGAAGAGGCGCAGAGCCACAGGCCGUACGCGACACAUCUCUUGUCAGACGUGGAUUUCCUCCUCAUCUGUGGGGCUUCAGAUGGUACAGAGCCCAGUGGUCAACAGAUGCAAGAGGGAGCGAGGAACGGGAGGACAGUGAAAGAUGAGAAGAGCGGUUCACAGGAUUACAGAUAUCACCUGAGGUUGUGGGCACAGGAGAGAGAGAACCCCAAGGAAAACAUUAAAGAAUUACCCAAGAUGAACCAGGAGCAGUUCAUCGAGAUGUGCAAAACCUUGUACAACAUGUUCAGUGAGGACCCUGCUGAGAGUGAACUCUACCACGCUAUAGCAAACCGUCGCUACGCUGCUACUCCAGAUUGGAGAGGUCGGCAAACAAUUACCAACCCCGUGCCCAGGAGAACUCUAGGCAAUGGGGACAACACGGCGUUGUGGUGCCCAGGGUAAGGAGCAGACCUCGACCCUGGAACGGGUAAGGCCCAAGGUGGACCUGGAGCCGGACAUCUUGAGCGACGCUUUGAAGGAGCAGAUGGAACUUGUGGAGUGUGAGGCCAAGGAGAAGGAGGCUGGGUCAGCCCAGCCGUCGUGGGAGGAGGAGGGGAAGGACGAUACUUCAAUGUCCUCCUACUCCAUGGUGAGCUCGGGCUCCCUCCCCUGCGAGGAGCUCUCCGAUGAUACAGUCCUGGUCAGCUGUGAGCAGCUGGCCGGGGUUCAGAGGCCACAGGGCACGGCGGAGGCUGACUGGUCCAUCUCUUUCGAGCAGAUCCUGGCCUCGGUGCUGACAGAGCCAGCCUUGGUCCAGUUCUUCGAGAAGCGGGUGGACGUGGGGCCAAAGAUCGCGGAGUGCAAGAGCCAAAGGGCGAUGGAACGGCAGGUCAGCUCGUCCAGUGAGCAAGAGCUGGCGCUGUCCACCAGCUGACUUCAACCCCCUCCCAUCCCGAGCCAACAUUAGGAGGAGCUUACUGUCAUUGUCAUCGUCCUGUCUCAAACCCACACACUAGCCCCCAUCCUCGGGAUCGUAUUUAUCCUCUGUUUCCUGCUGAGAUCUUCAUCAGUUUCCAGGGGUCAGUUGGACUUGGAGCCUUGUUCCCACUUAAGCCAAAGAUAUAUUUGUAAUUGUCUUUUGAAGUUCUGAUCUGAUCUUGGCUGAUAUGUGGUGAGGUCCCUCCACGUCCUUCCGACUGGGGCAGAGAAACUUAAAAUGCACCUUUAUCCAAUGACAGACACCAGGAGUCCUGGUUACUGAGUUUAAAGACAAUAUUCUAUCUCUAAAAGUUAGAUGCAAUGAAAGGAAACUAUUUUAUAUCUAUUUAUAUUAUUCCCUCCAUUGUAGCAGUGUUCAGGUCUCUUGGAAGUUGCCUGCUGCCUUUUAGCCAUUGCGUCUGGCUUGUGAAAGAAGUGUGUACUAAUAUAUGUCAGCAGUAGCUGUGAUGUCAGACAGGUCUGUGUACGGUGGGGUUCAGUGAGCUUUGUAAACAGGCACACAAUGAAAGGGCUGAAUUAUUCUGGGUUAAUCCAGCUCUGGAACGAGGAGAAAUGCUUUCGACUAGCCAAGUGUCAACAGUCCACAAGACAAUGAAGGAAAGACCAGAUCAGUAUUUUGGAAGCGGAGGGGCUCAGUAUUAACUUGUCAGCAUUUGAAUGAUGGGCUGAGCAGUAUUAAACAGGGUCAGAGAGGGCAAAGCUCUGCCUUCAGGUGGUGAUUGUGGCCAGAAUAUUUGCUCAAUUUCAACUCUUUCAGUUUAGUGUGAUGAGUUAUGAGUUAGUGAGGGUUUACAUGGUCUGUGUGUCUGUGCACUUCAGGUGAUCAAUGCCUUUUGAUUUUCUCAAGAUUAAUCUAUUUGGGGUGGGUUAGAAUUCUUCUGGCAGAUGUGAGGAAUGGAAAUCAGAUUCUGGUGACAGUAGCCCAGUAAUUGGCAAAGGCUGUGAAUGCACAUUCACACUGUACUUAGGUUCAGGAUUUCUGGCACCUUAAACUUUAUCACACAUGCACACACGGACACUCACAAAGACGGACACGCACAUGGUGCAUGACAGACAUGUAACAAUGUAUGUGAAUCGAUGCAGAUACACACACAAUCUAACACACUGACGUGCAGCCAGACAAUGCACUCUCACAUUCCCGACUCAAGAAAGCAGGAAAGGCCACUUGGUCCCUCAGCCCUGCUCCACCAUUCAGUAUGAUCCUGGCUGAUCUAUGCUGGCCUCAACUCUUCUUCGCCGGUUCCCCGUAGCCCUCAAUACCUCAAACUGUCAAAUAUUUAUCCACCUCCACUUUAAAUGCCUCCAGUGAUCCAGCUUCCACCACCCACUGGGGCAGAGAGUUCCAGAGAUUCACCACCCUCUGUGAGAAACUACAGACCUCAGUUUUAAAUGACCAGCCCCUUAUCCCCUCUCACACUCACACACUUUCCCUCACUCUCACACCGCCCCUCUGCCCUCGCCCUCCCUCCCCAGCAGGACAAUGAGCUUUCUGCUGGGCAAUAUUUAGUUACCUGGCCUGAGCCAAAGACACUUGAUGGAACUGUAGGGGCAGUGGCAGGGUCCUGGUGUGGGGUCGUUUCCCUGCACCUCCUUUCUCAAAAUUAUUAGUUUCUUGAGAAAGGAGUGCCGAGGCUCCCCCUUGCCCGUGUUUGCUCUGCUGUCCGUAUUGUUCACACUGGCGGGCUCAUUCACCCCACCUGUCCUGUGCCUCUUCGAGAGAAUUAUCAAGAGCAAAUGAUUCCUUCUGAUCUCUAAAUAUUCAUAAAUUAUAAUUAUUGGGCUCAUCUAUUUCAGCCUCUGUUGUUCUUUUUGCGUUAGUCUCUGAUAUUAAUUUGAGCCAUUUCAUUCCCAAAACCACUUCCUCUCUUUCACCUGUUGUUGGAAUGGAAAACCAGCUCAGCAUCCAACAUCGAGCUCGGGCACUCCAAUGAGGUGGGCACAGGGCAGAAGGGACCCUUUGCUGUGAAUAACAACUGUACCAGUUUCCUACUCCAGGCUGGUGUUCAGACUUCCUGCACCUUGUACCUGUGCAGUUGAUGCUCACCGUUGGAGUGGUUAUUGCAGGAGCUGUGCCUCUGUCCUCCUCGUUAUAUGUAGUCAUCCAUCAUCUACUGAGCAUCUGUGCUCCUCAACAAAGCUAGGCCCUGCCUCCUGACCUCCUUAACCUUCAUCACUGGUCGAGGGAAGACAAGCUGUGUUUUAUUGUCAAAUACCUCUUUGCACUUUGAUGUAUACACUAGGUUAAUUAAUGUGCUGUAACAGUGGCAGGAUAUCCAGCUGUUUAAAUCAUACUGUCCAGUUCUACACCAAUAACCAUAGGAUAUCAAAGUUGAGAAGGUGCGAGGAAGUGAUUGUGCAUUCCAAAAGGAUAUCAGCAUGGUUUUACAAAGUUAUCUCCACAGUCUGGCAUUCACCAGCUUGCUCACAAAAUGUUCGGAUGGAGCCACUUGCACGGGGACAUGACUCUUCCAGCAUUUAAAAGUUCCUUUUGGCAGGGAUAUUGCCAUUGUAGAAGUGUUCGGAGAGCCAAGUUCGAGUUAAUUGUUGCCAUGGGCAUACGUACAUAGGGUAUAAAUGCCAGGAGAAUUUAGCUUAUUGCAGCACACUACAUUACAAGAUGGGGACAAACAUAAGUUAAUGUAAAUUAACAUAAACUAUACAUUCAUGUGUCAAAAUAAACAAUGACACUAGUGCAAAAAAGUUGCUGAGUGCUCUGGGGGUGUAGCUGGUGUUUCAGGAUUAAAGCCUUGGACUAUCUGCUCCAACCUGGGGGCUUCAAGGCAGUGACUUGGUGUUGCAUUGUUAGCCGAGAAGGUUGGGCUUAUCCUGAAAGGUUCAUCACACAACCUUUCCACGGACAUUGUCGAACCUGCUAUGUCAAACAUUCUCUGUUUGCAUUACCCAAUUCACCACUUCCUAUUUUUGCCAGUGCUCAGAUUUGGUGUCCAAGUUCCUGGGCCUUUCUGGACGAAGAGGAUGCACCUCCUCGGGUGUACACUCUGAUGGCUGAGGGGCAGCUUGUGCCCAAGAGAGAAUGGGAAGUGUUGGGGCAGGCUUGCUUGACACCAGUCUCCACUGAGAUUGUUAUAGAUUCAUAGAGUCGUA